AUGAAUUCAGUCUGUUCUCUCCUCUGCAUUACGGAGGAGCUGCUUUUUAGUCGGUUCGCACUUUUUGGUGAGGAUUCGUUGUGGGGUGCGAACUCACUAAAAACGAGCUCCUCCGUAUCGUCAUGACUUGAUUCACGAGCCGAAAAUGGACGUUGCGAAAUUUCUUGAGGCUCCCAUUCGAUCCAAUCCCAGACGCGAGUCCCAGCCCUCGUUAUUGUCGACUUUGCUACCCCCAACACCUCGCGAAGCCACAUCUCCAGCGUCACAAUCGGCAUCUCCUUCGAGCUCUUUUUCCGUGGCCGAUGCCAUCUCUAGAUCAGAAUUCGAUUUCACACCAGCGGAUUCGGUUCAUCCAGUCUCUUCGGCAACACGCUCCCAAUGGCCGACCGAGUUGGGUACCCCGGAGCAGCAAACAGCCGAGGAACCACAUCAAAAACUAGAGUCUGAGCAAAGUGAUGAUGCAACGAAACCAAAGAGGAUCAUAAAAGCAGCCUGCUCGGCAUGUCGAAAGCGGAAAGCAAAGACUGACCUUGGUUUGUCGUUUCUCAAACAGUGUGAUGGCAAACGUCCUUCGUGUACGAGCUGUAUUACCAAGAGGAGAUCCUGUCAGUAUUCAGCCGAGGAGGGAGUGUCGAGUCAAAUGGUCACAAAGAGGCGGCUUGAGGGUUAUGGUGUCGUGUUGCAACUGGUCAGAGACGCCGAGCCUGAAGAACGUGAGCUCAUCCUUCAAGACCUGAGAAGGCCUGGAGACCUGGGCGAGAUUGUCAUGGCUAUCCAGAAGAAGUGGACGUCCAGGCACAAGUCUGAGGAUCUGGUGACAUUUUAGCCUGCACGCCCCGAGUCUGCCCUCAAACACCAAUUGGGGUAGAACCUGAUCACAAAAACGAAUACUGUGCGUAGGUGAAUA